AUGCCAAUUACCACCAAUUCACUGCCCAAGAUUGGGCUCCUGUCCAUUGGCGAUAUGGGCGUUGGUAUUGCUAGGCUGUUAAUUGCUCAUGGCUUCUCUGUUGCGACCAACAUCUCGGGCAGAAGUCAAGAUACAAUUGAACGGGCUCGAGAUGCACAAGUCGAGCUCUUAGAGUCUGAUGUUGACCUAGUACAGCAGAGUUCUGUUAUGCUCUCGAUUGUGCCGCCAAAGGAUGCGGAGACCACAGCCAAUCGCAUUAUAAAUGCAACGGCAAGUUUAGACAAACCGAAAGAGAUUUACUUUAUCGAUCUCAAUGCGGUUGCACCUUCGACCAUCAAAACUGUUGCAGCAAAGAUCAAGACAUCAGAUCUGUCUAUAAAAUUCAUCGAUGGUAGUAUUCUCGGGGGUCCUCCAAAAGUAACUGCAUCUCCUGAUACCGAAACAAAGUCAUCCGGCAGCAAUGACUUUUCUCACUGGUAUCGCCCUAGUCUGCCUGUCUCAGGCCCGGACACUCUGAGCUCGCUCCCUUUCGGCGACAAGCUCGUUUCUGUACUGAACAUCAAGCAUAUUUCGCCCGAUGUUGGUGCUGCAAGUGGGCUCAAGAUGUGCUUCGCUUCCAUGACAAAGGGUUUCACUGCCAUUGCCACGCAGUCCUUCACGACCGCUCAUAAUCUUGGCGUACUGGAUGUCCUCAAAGAUGAAAUCCGUUCGUUCUACCCAGCCUUUCUCAAUAGCGCCGAGAGAAGUGUGCCUGGCAUGCCACCCAAGGCCUAUCGCUGGGUCCGAGAGAUGGAAGAGAUUGCCCUCACAUUCAACGAGGAAGCAGGUUGGGAUAAAGCCAUGUUUGAGGGUGCUGCAAGUGUAUAUAAAGAUAUUGCAGAUAAUGAGGUUCUUGGAAAUGAAAAGGUUGGCAAGAGAAAGAGGGGGACAACCCUGGAGGAUGUAUCAGCAGUGGCAGCAGAGGGAUUGCAGAAGAAAAGAAAAUCAUGA